AUGGCAACCUGGACAGAACAGUAUUUGGCAGCCUUGCGAGCCAGAGACCAUGUGGAAAAGGCAAACCUUGAUCUCUAUAAUUAUUGCACCAAGCUUGCAGAUCAAAGGGCCGAAUUGCAGAAGAAGGCCGCUCUAGACGGCCAGGGCGAAGAUGCAGAGCCUCCAACGUCCCCCCAGCCGUCCAUUAUAGGCAUGGGCUUGAGGAGAGUCACAUCUCCUGCUCUCCGUCCGGACUCGCCAACUGUGGUACAGAUGCGGCUGGAUUUGACCAAAGCACAACAAGAACGUGCUGAUCUCCAAGCCCGUCACGACGCGGCGUCACGCGAACUGGAGGCUUUCAAAGCUAAGGCAAGGUCGGACAGCAAGAGGAUCGCCCAACUAAACUCGAGUCUGUCGCAAUUAACCAUCAAGUUAAGAGAUCGUGAUGAAGAGCUGAGGGGCAAAGCCAAGUUGAUUGAAAAUGUUCAAGACGAGAAUGUCACCUUGAACCUGCAACUGAACAUGGCCGAGGAGCACUCUGAGAAGUUGAAAAUCGAGAACAGAGAACUGGUCGACAGAUGGAUGGCAAGAAUGGGAAAGGAGGCUGACAAGAUGAAUGAAGAUAAUAAGUUUGGCUGA